AUGGCGCCACUUCCUACGAUCUACGUGCGCGAGUCUGUCGCUUCCGGUGCAGAUUCCCUCGAUGAACGGUCUGUCCCAGGCGAGGCCGCAACCACUCGUCCUUCCUCUCUUGAGCCGCGAGAAAGGAUACCAGAACUCGACGAAGGCACUACCCUACCGCCCAAAUUCGCCGGAUCUGAUAACGCUCACGACUCGCCCCUUUCUGGGUAUGACAUUUCUAAAAGAACUCUACAUGCUCGUGAAGAUCCCCUUCCAGAUUACAUUGAUCAUUGCGAACUUCAUGGGCCUGGCAUAAAAUGUGUUCGAAAGCCUGGUGUUCCCACUGGUCGACCUAUUAUUGCUGACCCCCCCGGUUUUUUUCCGUAUGGAUAUGGACCUUCUGAGACUUCCAAUGGCCUACCUGUUAUUGGUGGUCCUGAUCUACCGGUUAAGGAUAGUCGACAUUCUGGUCCACCUUCUGAUGUUGGUCAACCUUAUGGCGGUGGUCCACCUUCUGAUGUUGGUCAACCUUAUGGCGGUGGUCCACCUUCUGAUAUUGGUCGACCUUCUGGUGGUGGUCGUAGACCUCAACCCAUGACACACGAUCCUGCAAUUGAUCUCACACCUGGCAGGGUACCGAUGGGUGAGGUUGGACCACCCGGGCCCUCAUUCAUGAACAGAUACGGGAACAUGAUCUAUAUCGGUCUCGGUGUCAUCGCUGUUGCAGGUGCUGGCUAUUUUGGUUUCAAUUUUUGGAAGAAGAAGAAGGCUGCUGCUUCUGAAGCUGCAGAGUAA